CGGAAGCCAACAAGGAGAAUCGCUGGCGGAGAGAGUCGCUGGCAGUGAGUGUUCACCUGACAGCAACACUCAGUCUGGUGUAUGUCAUCAGUGCAAUGUGAAACAAUUAUGAUAAUGAAGUGAAGGAAGACGUAAGCCAGGAUGUAUUACCCGGUGGGUGUGCCGAAGAGACUAAGGAUCCCGGGGGAUGAUGAUGGCCAGCUUAAGGCCAUCGUGUGCAACAGAGACAGGAUCCUCUUUGCCAUUCUCACAGAGAGAGCUAUCUGGAUCUGGUUCAGCAGACCAUGUGUGCCUGUUGUUGUCCAUCGUCGAUCUAAUGAAUCGGUCAACACAAUUGGGACCAAUCAACUUCUGGAGUGGAGGCCUGAUUCAUCAAUGAUUGUUGUAGCUACAAAUAAAAAUCAGCUGCUGUUUUAUUCAAUUACUGUGGAUGAAUCUCGACGGGAAGUAUAUGAACAGCGGGAUCCACCUAAUCCAACGUUGAAGCGAGAAUCAGCAGAACUCUAUACUUGUGAAUCAAUACCUCCUCUUAUGUUUUCCACGGCCUUUGAAACUGAAGUAGCUGGAGGAGUUAAAGGCCUGGUUUGUUUACGUGAUGAGUUGAUGGUGGCUACAGGCACUGGUCAUAUACAAAGACUGCGUUGGGAUGGUUCACUAAAUUAUGAUUACUGUGUGGACCUACGCAGGGUUCCCUUCUGUGACGAUCAGCUAGUUAUGAAAGCGGUUCCCCUGGACAUUCCAGGAAUACAUGUAAUAGAUCUAGAAUAUUCUCCUCUGGUGGGAGGCUUUGCAAUUGUUCUUAGUGAUGGUAGAGCUGCAUUUCUCACUGCCUCGACACUUAAAUUUGACCCAAAUGCAGUACAAGGUAUCUGGGCACGGGAACUGGAUGAUGCGACCUGUGCUGCAAUCAAUCACAAGUAUAGAUUAUUAGCCUAUGGCCGAGCAAACUCUCAGGGUGUUGUUUACACGGUAGAUGAGGCAACGGGAGGCUUAGAAGUAUCUCAUAGAAUGAUCCUCUCUGACCGAGACUAUGGAGGCUCCCCAGGAGCUGUCAGCUAUAUGAAGUGGACUCCUGAUGGUACAGUGCUUGGAUUAAGUUGGGAAGGUGGUGGGCUUUCCUUGUGGAGUGUUUUUGGUUCACUGCUCACUGUGUCGCUGCGUUGGGAUUAUACUGAGGAUCCACUAUCACGAGCCAUAACCAUCACUAACAUGGAAUGGGGUGCUGAAGGCUAUGAGGUUUGGUGUAUUCAGCAGCAUGAACAAUGUAAACACAAGCAGCAAAAGAAUCGUGAUGCUGAAUCUUACCAUUAUCAGAGAAAGUCAGGAGCUUACACAAUAAGAGAAGCAGUAGACACAGUCAUUUCAGGAAGUAAUUUUGAUGUAGAAGAGUCUUCCUCUGAAACGAAAGGGCAAACUUCAAUACUGCAGUUUUCCUUCAUCAAGAGUGCACUCACUGUCAACCCUUGUAUGAGUCGUUUAGUGCGGGUGCUAUUACAAGGAAGUGAUCGUCUCUACCUCAACACCUCAGAGGGCCUCGCAGGUGUUUCUGAUAUACCACAGGAUUCUCUCUCUCUAUAUUUUGAUGAUGAUGAAGAAGGUGCCUUUGAAAAUCCAAUGCAUCACAAAGAUUCACAGUUUAGUGUUGCAGCUAAUAAGCAGUGGAUAGUUAUUCCAAUACCUUAUAAUUAUACAUCUUCAAACUGGCCUAUAAGGUACACCUGUGUAGAUGAGUGUGGUGAGCUUGUGGGCAUUGCUGGCCGCAAUGGUGUUGCUCACUAUUCAUUACGGCUGCGACGAUGGCAUCUCUUUGGCAAUGAGAGUCAAGAACGUGAUUUUGUGGUAACAGGGGGUUUAUUGUGGUGGCAGUCAAACUGGCUGGUACUUGGAGCUUACAAUAUCCCUGCUAAUACAGAUGAACUUAGACUUUAUCCUCGUGAUCACAAGCUGGAUAACCUCUUUGUUACUACUGUCCCACAACCUGCACAGGUUCUGUUGUUAAAUGUUUAUGGUGACCAGCUGAUUGUUCUUACUGCCGACUGCCACAUAACAGUGUAUAAUCUUCAAGCAUUAGAAACAAACUCAGGCAAGUCUGGGUUUAGUAAAAGACAAUCUGGAGGGAGCAAGUUGAGCAGAAAGAAAGUCAAGCAGAAUAAACGUGAGGAGAACCUUCUGUUUCCCUGUGGUGGUGGCAAUGUGAUGGUGUCACGUGUGCAAGAGGUUGAUAUAUCUGGACUGACGGUACACCCAGCGUGUGUAGUGUCGGUCUUGCUUACUAGUCUGCGAACUGAAUCCUGGCGGCUCCACAGUAACCAGCAAACACCUAUACCUGCUCAGAGUAUCAUCAUCAAUAUUUCUGGCAAAGUUCUUAUGAUUCAGAGAGAUCAUCGCUCUGAUGGAGGAAAUACAAAUGGAAAACUGUUUCAGUGUGCUCAGAUGACACCAAUUGUCCUGGCUUCAAGCUGUGAGGCUUUGUGGUGCAGUAGUUCUGCUGUUAGCCACAAACCACAUUUAAGUCAUGCUCUCUGGUUGCAUUGUGGUUUUCAUGGGACCCGUGCUUGGCUACCAUUGUUCCCAAAUUCAGCUGACAAAUCUCACACCUUCAUGGCCAGAAGAAUCAUGUUGCCCUUCACUCCGUCCAUAUACCCUCUAGCUGUCAUGUUUGAGGAGGGGAUCUUGUUAGGUGCAGAGACAGACACAUCCUUGUUAGUAUGUGAUGCUGCCUCUCGUCAUCAGCCACUCACUGUUGUGGAACGAACUAGUCAGGUCUACCUCCAUCAUUUAUUACGACAGUUGUUAAGAAGAAAUCUUGGUUACCAUGCAUGGGAGGUUGCCAGUACGUGCAGAGAUUUACCCUACUUUCCUCAUGCACUUGAACUCCUGUUACAUCAGGUACUUGAGGAGGAAGCCUCCAGCAAAGACCCACUGCCAGAUUGUUUACUCCCGAGAGUAGUGGAAUUCAUCCGAGAGUUUCCUGUGUACCUGCAGACAGUAGUGCAGUGUGCCCGCAAAACAGAGUUGGCAUUGUGGCGAUACCUCUUUUCUGUUGCUGGCAGUCCUAAACAUCUUUUUAUCAAAGCUCUUGAGGAAUCACAACUAGAGACUGCAGCAUCCUACCUUAUUAUUUUGCAGAAUCUUUCCUCCGUAAGCAUGCGUUCGAAAUCAUGCCACUGUCUUUUGGAUGCAACUUUAAAGGCUGGCAAGUGGGGGUCUCAGUUUAAAAAUCUCAUUGCUUUCUUUUGUUCGCUGGAUCCAACAGACUUGGAUUCACCAAAACCGUCUCUGCCAUCUUGUGGAAGCACUAAGGUGGGGUUCAGUCAUGCUACACCCCCAGUGUCCCCUGCAUGUGCUGAUGAGGACCUCUCAAUGAUCCUUCCAAAUACUCAGAUCAAACAGAUGUUGAGAAGACACUCUCCUGUUCUGAUCAUCACUCCUCAGGUUUUACGUGGAAGGUCUUUCUCAUCAGCUUCAGCUCCUAAGAUUGCAUUAGGAGAUAGUAGUGGUUCAUUAGGACACCAGUCUAUUGUAAGAACAACCUCAGAUUCAGCAAAAGUCUUACCGGAAAUCAACAGACAAAAUCAGACUGCGCCUGUUACUCGAAAACGCUCUAGUAAUUCAGUAAGCAAGGACGUUUCUACUGCAGAAGAAUUCUUUCUCGAUGUUAUUCUUCAAAGACAUGCCAAGAAACUGUUACUUGGGUGUCGUCUGCGAGAUCUAGGAACAAUGGCAGCACAUUUGGAUUUUCCAUUAGUGUCAUGGCUAAGAAGAGAACGGAGUAGAGCUGCUCGUGUUGAUGAUUUUGUAGCAUCAUUAAAGCAAAUACAUAGAGACUUUUCCUGGCCGUACCCAUCCGUCCCAACAUCUCAUAUUCGACGUUAUUCUGUGUCAUCUCUCCAUUCUGCAGCAAGUCCAUGCGAGAGGUCAGUGCUUGUAGAGGAGAGAAUGCAUGGCCUCUCUAUCACUGUGCCAAAGGUUGCUUCUGUUGGUACGGGUGAGAUUGGUGAUAGUGGUUAUCUAAGUCAGGCAACAGGAGACACUCAUACAGUUACUCCUCAGCAUGGCCCACACUCUCCAUCUACUUCGUAUUCUCUCUCUGAGAUGGUGCCUCGUCAAGCUCUUUUAUUGCCGCAGACUCCUAGAGCUGGUGAUACAGUAAGUAUCAUGAGCGAAGAAGGAACCGUAUAUGGAGAUGACGCAUCUAGUAUAUGUGGAGACUGGAGCCCUGAGAGCAGUGACCCAACUCGUGAUCUGCUGUCUAGGCCCCCUGAUCCUCCUCCACAAGCCACUCCAAGACCACCCCCUCAUGCUGAGGUUCAGCUCAGAUAUUUAUUGCAGGUACUUUUGGAGGCAGGAUGCCUUGAGUGGAGUGUUGUUGUUGCUGUGGUAUUAAGAGACGCCCUAGCAGUAUUGCGAGUGGUGACCUUGGCACGGGCCUCUGAUAUCUCUGCUCAAGUUAUAAUUCGACUCACUACAGGUUUACAAGAUCUCUUACAUUUUACAAAUACUGAAUGCUUGGGCUAUCAGAAUUUUCUUGGAGCCAUAAUGGGUCAAGUUAAAGUACUGGAGAAGCUAACCAGUGCAAGAGAGAUAUCUAGGACACCCAGUCCCCCUUCCUCACGGCCUCCUUCAACUAACCGUGAGUCAGAGCCUUCACCAAAUCGGGAGGCUUCUCUCAGAUCUAUGCAAACUUCAGCAACACCACUUUCUCAUCAGCAACAAAGCCAGCAGUACCAGUCAUUAAAACAGCAACAGCAGUUACAAAGCCAACAGCCAGUUCAACAACCACAACAGUUGACUCAGCAACAACAUAAGCAACCUAUGCCCAAUUCAAGUCUACCAAGAAUGUCCUUACUACCAUGCCAAACCUUAGCAGUAGAUGAGACUCUUCCAGAGGAGGUUUUGUGUCAAACUUCUGAGGUGGGCUUCAUGGGCACUGAGAGUGAUAUUGCUCCGCGUGUUGAGGAAGGAGGCAGUGCUGCUUGUGUAAUUUCUUAAUUUGUUUACUUGAUACAAUCUGCUCACUGGAGUAAAACAAGGAAGUGUCAUAUUUCAGGUAUGUAGUAUGCAGUAUUUUGUGUUUGUUUUGUACAUCAUAAUUAUUUUUAAACCACAUAAAAUUUACUGAUCUUCCAACUCAAUUUUUUUUCCAUUCUCAUUCUCAUCAUCCCAUUAUCGUAUAAUUUAUUGAGAAAAUACAUUUUUUGGCAAAAGUAUGGCUAAAUGCCAUGAUUGAAGUACAUGUUAGUAAGUCCUUUUUGUUCAAUUUAAUGUUUAAUAUAUUCUACAUGUGGAUGCCUACCAAUCCCAUUGUAAGAAAAAGUAACAAGUCAAUCACUUCAAAACAAAAUUCAUUUACAUAUAUUGUCUGUUCACAGUAAUUGAGAGAGAAAAUGAAGGCUUAUCAGCAUUAUAAUAGGAUCAUUAUGUAAAUUCAUAACAUAACCUCUCUAAGAUGUAUAUGUAAGGCUUGACUUCCCAGAAUGCUUAUCCAAACCAAACACCUUUUUAAAUUAUUUUUUAAAAUAUUGAAAAAUAACUUCAGCAUGAAAUGUGCAUUAUUUUCAGUAGAUAAUUUAUGUCAUGCAUGUUGUUUAUCUUAAAUUGGUCAUUAUUUGUUGUUGCACAUAGUAAAUGAAAUUUUAAUGUAAAAUUUGUUCUAAAAUUUUAUUCAGCACUACUAGCUUAUAACAUAUGAGAGUUGUGUUUUGUGGAAUAGUUGCUUGAGCAGAAGAUUGUGCAAUGCAAAUCUUUGAACUAAUUAUUUUGUAUGAAAUGUUUGAAAACUGAUCUUUUACAUCCUCCGACAUCACAAGUUAAAAGAAUAUUAGCUGAUGCUGUUGGGUACAUUAGUAUCCAAAGAAUUUAAAUAUUAGCCUUAGUACUCUUGUUUACACUUAUGCUCAAGCAAUACAAGUGUACAUGAUACUUUGCAGUAUUAAAUAAGUGUGAGUGUAGGGCCAUAUCAGUAAGAGAAAAAUCAUCUUGGGUAUUUUCCAGAAUUAUCAAUAUUUUUAUUUUAGAAAAAGUACAUUGUCAGGUUUUUAAUUUUGUUAUAAAGAUGUGAUUUUUAAGAAGAUUUAAAUUACUUGGGAAUUUAAAAAGUAAUAAAUAGGAUUAUUAAGCUGAUGAUUCAGUGAGUAAAUUGAGCUGAGGCCUCGGCAUGUACUUAGAGCUUAGUCCUUAAACUUAUACUUAGUCAUAAUUUGUGUAUUUGGCAUAAACAAAGACACAAAUCAUAGCACUAUCACUGUAUUAUCACUUGCCGAAAAUGGAAGGUUGGUGCAACCACGUUUUAGGAAAGCAUUACAUUAUGACUGAUAUUUUUUUUUUUUCCACAUUAUAGAAAGUAGGUAUCAUGUAGGAAAAUAAAGAUGAGUACCUGAAUAGAGAAAAAAUGACAAGAUUAGUGGAAGGAGUACAGGUGACCCAGAUUGGUAGAGGAAUACAUGUGAUCAGAUUAGUAGAGGCAUACAGGUGACCACUUAGAGAAGAGAAUACAAGUGACCAGGUUGGUAGAGGAAUAUGUGACCAAUUUGGUGGAGGGAGUAUACGAUGUUGAAUUCAAGGGUGCAGUUUUAUGAAUAUGAUGAGCUCAUAAUUGAUGUGUGUGUUACCCCUCCUCAUCUGCUGGUCACUCCUUCAGUUAUCAUGCCUUAGAUUAGCUAACCCCAACUUGGUAAAUAAAACGCUAGCAUUGUUGCAUUUGGCAUCUUGCAAUACAAAGGGGAAUGCAUUUAUUUUAAUGUUAAUGUAAAAGCUUCAGAUUGUGUAGGUUUAAGAAAGCAUUCAGUAUACUUUGGUAUAAAGUAUUUUGAUAUUCUCAUGUCUCAUUUUGUUUAGAGCAUGUAUGUACAGAGGGAGGGACCAAAUGAUAAUUGAUAAAUAAUUUAAAUAAUUCAGUUGUGGAAUUCAUAAUUUUUAAUGUCUUUUAUGAGAUUGUGUGUGUUUAGACAAUAAGAAUGAAAUUGCUGCUAGGAGAUAGGAAUGAAUACUUUUUACGGUGCUAUUAAAGACUAUUUUUAACAAACAUCAGUUCCUUUAAACUGAAGGUAAUGAUUGAAUGGAAUUGAGUUUAUGACUAAUCAUUGUAUGAAAUAUAUUUUUUUAUUGUGUAUAUUUGACCAAUAAUAAAUAUAUAAUGUUAAUAGUCUUGUAAAAAUAAUAUAUACUAUAAAAAGAGAUUAUUCAUCAUCCCAGUUGAAGUGAGGGAUUUAUUAAUAUAAAUCUGAUUGAAUACAAGUCAGAGUAAGAUAGCUUUUAUGCAUAUUCAAGUAUUACAUAUUUUUUAGGCAUAUUGUAUUGUGUCUGGCAUAUAGUACAGAAGUUCUUAUAACCCAGGAAAUUCUCUGGUUGGAAGUAUAGGACUUGUUAAGUGAAGCUCUCUAAUUUUUUUUUUUUUUUUUUUUUUUAUAAACGGUAUGGUGAAACUUAGUGCUUCCAUUCUGCUCUUCAUAGUGAACCAGUUUAUUUUUAAAAAUAAAUAAAUGUGAUGUUAGGAAAAUUUAGAGUAAAAUUUUUUCUUCAUGCCCUAUAUUUUAGGCAAAACUUUCAAAUUGGUAAGAGGCAUGUUGUAGGCAUGGCAUAUUGUAUGUCAUGUAAGCUCUCCUGCUUUAGGCAUAUGAUGACAGCAUUUUCACUCUGCUGUGAGCAAUGAAAUGGUUUACAGAUGAGGUAAGCUCACUCUUCACAAAAUUUGCCAUCAACCAAAGUACCAUUACAACUUGUAAGAAUAGAGAAUUUCAUCACCAAUGCAAAAUGAAGUCUAGAGUUUUACUUACCACAGCUGCUUCAAGCGCUAAGAUUGUCAUUAUUCCCAGCUAACUCAGCCAGCCACACAGAUCAUUAGUCCAUCGUUUUAUCUGUAUUGUAUGCUGGCCACAACAUAAUAUCUACUUCAUUUUUCUUUUGAUCAUAGUCUUUUUCUCAUUUCACAUGAUCAGAUUGGGGGACUUUUGUGGUCUUCUGCAAAUAUUUCUUGUUCUGCCUUUCAUAGUGGUGAGAAACACUAAAUCUUCCAAAGUAUCUUGGCAACUGAUAAUUUCAGGAUUUAACCUCAAAACUUAAUACAAAUUCAGAAAUUAUGCUUUUGAAUCCAGAAUGUUUGUUUAGUAAGGAAAAGUUUAAAGUACUCUUUGCUUAAGUGUGCAAAGACAUUAGAAUUAAUGUUAAGAAUGCAAGGUGUUGAUUGACUGAGUGUACUGGUAGCUGACAUCAUAACAUAUGGGUCACUGAUAUAAACAUAUCAGUUAAAAGUAAGAAAAGUUAGCAGAGAGCAGAAAUAAGGAAAUAAAAUGGUGAUAAUUUCUUCAAAAAAGAAAGUGCAUAGAUGGGGAUGGGUAAAGGGUAAUCCACAUAAGGAAUGCAGUAUGCCUAAGCACACAUAUUGAAUCUGAGAAGUUUAGUAUUUUUUGUGUUUAACCCUUUCAUUGUCCAGACCCUGAUCUGAAACUUGUCCAGUGUCCAAGAAUUUUCUAAAAAAAUUUUUUAUUUUUUCUUAUGAAAUGGUACAAAAUCUUUUUCUAGAAGUAAUAAAACAAUGAGUAUGAAAUUUGAUGGAAAACUCAUGAAAUUGUGCUUUCAUGAAUUUUGCUGUCAGUGAUAUUUAUGCAUCAGUGAUUUUGCCCUCUUUGAGUCCUAUUUUAGGCCAACUACAUUGUUCCAGUAGACCAAAUUCUUAGCUAUUUCACUAGAAUGUCUUCCAUUUUAUUGACUGAGCACAAGAAAGUGCCCAAAUCAACUACAGUAUUUCAACUACCCAGUAAAAUGAUCAGAAAUUGGUAAUUUGGCCAUUUUCAUACAAACUUCAAAAUAAGGUCCAGAAUAAACAAUGCAGGCAUUCCUGGCACUAAUAUAACAUUUCCUCUAUUCAUUAGUUACAUCCCCAGGCUUUACAUAUGAAUUGCACCUUGAUUUUUUAUUCACAAAAAGAAUUUUUAUUCACACAAAAAAUAGAAGAUUUAUUGUUAUGCAUUAUUGUAAUAUCAGCACAUUCAUGCAUGCAUAUUAAACCCAUCAGUUGGAUGUAUAUUGGACAAGUGAUGUGAUUUGCUCACUCUUGAAUACCAGCAGAAAUGGAACAUUUCUGGUACUUUGAGCUCAAUUUCAAGCUAUUUUCAGUCUUGAAAUGCAUCAAAGUUAUCUCAAUUUCUGUAAUAUAUCUUUGAUUCAAUCAAAUGAGACUAAGAAACUGAGAAUACACCCAUAAAAACCAUACAGAAAUACACAGCAGAGUUGCAGUUGUAAACCAAAAACAGUCACAGUUUUUUUUUCCUCACUGCACUGCAUGCUGCAGGAUUUUUUUUAUAUGGUGCACACUUACCACAUAGACCCAUUCUCUCAUAUCUAGGCCCAGAUUUACCGCUCACAGUUUAUCUGAGUGAGUUGGAGUUCAUUGCAUAGUUCUAUGGCACCGACAGUGACCUCAAACCCAUAGUACUAAGGCACGGACAAUGAAAGGGUUAAGAAUAAGCUGGGGGUUAUUGGAAUAGUAAACAAGUAGAUAUAAAGACAACAGUAGGCUACAGGAAAAUUGAAUCAAACAAAUAGAUACACUUCAACACUAGUGAGUGAAAAGCAAUGGGAUUGGGAGUUAGGGUAAAAAAAAAAAAUAGUACAGUACCAAUCAAAGAAAAAGGAAUUGGAAUAACUCUCAAAGUCAGAUGAAGAAAAUGAUCUAGGAGUAUUCAAGGAGUAUUCAUUAUACCAAAUCUGUCUCCUGAAGUGCAUAUAAAUAGGAUGACAUUAACAGCAUGUACUAGACUAGCAAACAUGAAGGUGGUCUUCAUAAAGUUAGACAAAAAAAAAAAUCCUUCAAAAGACACUUCAUGUAUGUGUCAGCAGUCCUUAAGUAUGCAGCUCUAGCAUGAAGCCUUCAUUCAGCCAAACAGCUUGAGAAAAUCUAAAAAAUAAUGCAUUCAGAUUGUUAUGUAACUUAACCCUUACACUGUCUUGGUCGUUGCAUUCAGAUUGUUACGUAACUUAACCCUUUCACUGUCUUGGUCGUAUAAAUACGUCUUACGAGCCAGUGUUUUUGACGUAUUAUUACACCAUAAUUCUAGCGGCUUCAGAUCAAGCGGGAGAAAGCUGGUAGGCCCACAUGUGAGAAAAUGGGUCUGUUUGGUCAGUGUGUGCAAUAUAAAAAAAUCCUGCAGCACGCACUGCAUAAUGAGAAAAAAAUCUCUGACCAUGUUUUUGGAUUAAAACGCUCACUUUGAGGUGUAUUUUCAUAUAGUAUUUAUGGUUGCAUUCUCGCUUUCUUGGUCUCAUGUGAUAGAAUGGAAGACAUUUUACAGAAAUAGAGAUGAUUGUGGUCAGUUUCAUGAUGAAAAGGACCUUGAAAUUGAACUCAAAGUAGCGGAAAUGUUCGUUUUUUGCCGAUGUUCAAGAGUAAACAAAUGAUGUCACUGUCCAAUACGUGUCCAACUAGCCACUCUAAUACGCAGUCACAAAUGGGUUGACAUUAUUUAUAAAAUUAUUACAAUAAUGCAGUAGUCUGCAUAACAGUAAAUCUUCUACUUUUUGUGUGAAUAAAAAUUCAAAAUGGAAAGCAAGCGUAAUAUAAGAGGGGCCCGGAGAUGUGACUAAUGAACAGGGAAAAUGUUAUUUUAGUGCCAGGAAUGUCUGCAUUGUUCAUUCUGGACCCUAUUUUCAAAUUGGCAUCUUUUUGAAUUUACGUGAAGUUGGCCAAAUUGCCAAUUUCUGACCAUUUUAUGGGUAGUUGAAAUCGGUAAAUGGGCAGUUUCUUGUAUUCAAUCGAUAGAGCAAAUGGCUAUGAGUUUGGUCGACUGGAGCACUGCAAUUGGCCAAAAAUAGGGCUCAAGGUGGGCGAAAUUGCCAAUGCAUAUAUAUCACCGAGAUCACUAACUUCGUGAGAACGUAAUUCCGUAAGUUUUUCAUCAAAUUUCGUACUUUUGGUGUCAUUACCAUCGGGAAAAGAUUCUCUAUCAUUUCAUAAGAAAAAAUAAUAUUUUUUUUUUUUAAUAUUUUGCAACACAGAGAGACACUUUAGGAUUUGGGGUUGCAGCAGUCAAAGGGUUAAGGGCUAUGAGGAGUGACUGCAUGAACUAGAUUUCUUGUCUCUUAGGAAUGCACAGGCAAGUUUUUUUACUAAAGGAGGACAUAGAACAACACAACACAAAUGAAACCUGCACACAGCUAUGUCAGAAACAUCAGGAAAAAUUUCAUCAGUGUAAGAGUAGAAAAUAAGUUGAAAGAACUUAAUACUGUCCCAACAAAAACUCCAGUGAGGGGAGGUUCAAAUAUAAAUACAUACGCUGUACCAUAAUUCACAUUGGUCGGUAGAAAUUUAGAGAGUUGUCCAAGAGUUUGAACAGCCCUCACCCACCUAUCCCUUUUCUUUCCUGGGCAUGCACAUUGAAAUAUGUAAUAACAUUCAAACACAAGUCCCCAUGCACAUACACUUAUUCAUCUAUGCACUUUUUCUUUAUAUUCUGUAUCUCUAUAUAUUAUAUGUAUGUGUGUCUCGUGCACUGCUACAUAUGUUUGAGUACUAAAAAGUACUUGACAUGCUGAUAGCUCUAAAAUCUUUGUUGCUUGAAGUUUCACUACUUGUAUGCAUCUUUCCAGUUCUGAGACUUUAAAAAUAUUAAGUUGAGAAAUACUUUAAGAAACACACAUACUGUAGUUGCAGUACUGUAGCUGGGAGGAAUUGCUAGCUCAUUAAUUGGAAAGGAGAAACAGCUGAUGAUAUUGUAAAUCAUCAUUAUCAGAUUGUAACUAGUUUUUUUUUUUUUCAUUUUAUGGUCUUGUUUUGAAAUACAAUACAUGCAUGAAAAAUAAUUUUGUGAUAGAGACAUGGGAAGCCUUCAUUGGAGUGUCAUACCUACCCACACCUAUUAUUCACCUUUCAUAGCCCCAGUGAGGUCUUGGAUGCUCUAUAAAGCCCUUGUUCACCUCAGCUUAGCGGUCAGUAGCCGAAUGUUGUAGUGCACAGCACCUACUGAGGUCUGCUGCAGGAUCACAGGGGCCCACACUGGAACAGUAGCAACCAGAAUUGAGAAGGCAGUUUCGUACAAGGCAAAUUCUAAGUGGAUAUGAAUCUGGUAUAGGAUCCAGAUAAGUCAGUACCAUAUGUAAUGACAUGUGUGUAAUUACUGUACAGUACCUAUGGUAUUUGUUGCUACAGGAGCAGAGCAAAGAUAAUGGUGACUUACUACCUGUUGGGAUGACUCAUUCCAUUGCUUUAUCACUGAUUGUCAGGAACUUUCUAACAUCCAUUUGACUUUUUCUUACUUUAUAGCUAUGGCCUCUUGUUCUCCAUGUUAUUGGUGCUUGAAAAUAUCUACCAGUUUUUUUAACUGUUGGCUGUCUCACCCAAAAAGGAAAUGCACUCACCAUUAUUCAUUCAGUAGCUGUCUUGCUAGAAUUAUGCAGACAUCACCUCUUGGAUGACCCUUUGAACUGUCAUUCUGUGUGCAAGAACUGCAUCUUUCACCUGCCAAGACUCAAGUCUGGCUUAGUAGUUUCCUUGAAUUCUUUGAUAAUCUUGUAUGUUGUUAUCAUGUCUCCUCCUUUCUUGUUUGUCAGCCCGUAAGGGCAUAUAUAAUUUCUUCAGCUUUUCUCCUUAAUUUAUAUCUUCUGUUUCUGGGAGAUAUUUUAUAGAAUGUCUUUGAACUGUUUUGUUUUAUUCACUUGUUUUUCAAGUGCAGACAUCAUACUAAAGCUGAAUAUUUAGUUUAUUAUUGAAUAUAUACUGUCAAUAUUUAUCUCAGCAUUUUUCUAGUCAUAUCUGUAAAUGUAAAUUUUUAAUAUACAGUGGUCCCUCGUUUUUCGUAAUUAAUCCACUCUUGGAGGAGAUACUAUAAACAAAAUUUAUGAUUUGCGAAUCAAUUUUCCCCUAAGAAAUAAUGUAAAUACAAUUAAUCCGUUCCUGACACCCAGAAGUAUUAAAACAAAAAAAAUUUUUACAUGAAAUAUACAUGUGGUACAUAAACAAUACAAUGGGAAAUGAUGAAUGAAACAUUAACAGCAUAACGCUUACCUUUAUUGGAGAUUCUUCUUAGUGUAUGGGAGACUGGAGGAGGAGAGAGAUUGGAUUGUUUACAGUUUGGACAGGGAAUCCCCUUCCAGCAACACCUCGGGUACCAAUUGCUUCUCUGGGGUUGCUUCUCUUCUCUGUUUCUUAAUGCCACUAGGACAACCAUGAGAGUCACUGGAGCCCUGUCUCGCCAAAUAACUGUGGAGAGAGCUCUGUUUCUGGCGUCUCUUUAACACUUCCCUAAAAUGGCCCAAGACUUUGUCACUGUACAUAUUUCUUACCUUCUUUACCACAGGCUUGGCACUAGGAGCUUUCUUUCGAGCCAUGGUAGCUUAUUUAGUACUUGCAAGCACUAAAAUGAGUGGAAUAUUAUGAAAUAUUUCGUAGGAGCACUUGAGGGGACCUUCACUCACUGGUAAACAAUGUCAGACUGGCUGGGUAGGGAGGCCUCCCCGGCUUACACCGUGCUUACGCGUCCCGGACAAACUACUAUUCGCGAGUCAACCUAUGAAAAGCGAGUCCAUGUUUAUACGAAAAUACCCCUAUGAUUGGCGAAAUUUACGAUUGCCGAGAACUACGAAAAGCGAGGGACCACUGUAUAUUGGCUGAUGUUGCAUAAGAUAUUUGCACUAUUGCAUUUAUGUUUAUUUCCAGCACUUCUUCUUCUUUAAAUAAAUCAAUCAUAUCCCACUGAGGCAGUGUGGCCAAAGAGAAAAAACAAAAGUUUCUCCUUUUAAAUUUAGUAACAUAUACAGGAGAAAGGGUUACUAGUCCCUUGUUCCUGUCAUUUUAGUCGCCUCUUACGACAUGCAUGGAAUUCCAAUAAUAUCUUUUAUAAAUGGUGAGUCCUUAUCUUCGUCUGGCUUUUUUAGUAUUUUAUGACACAAUCUGUGUUUUUCGUGUGAUUUGUUUUCACUUUCUCCCAUUUCUAUUGCAUUGCAAUUAUCCACAUUAGGUUCUGUUAUCCAUCCAUCCUCCACUUGCUCAACCUAUCUGCAAGUAGUCGGUAUGAGCUUCACACUUAUCAAAGUAAUCAUAUAAUCAAGUUAGUGCUAAACCUGAAAGGGUCAUAUAGCAUCUCAUUUAUCAAAGCUAAACAAUCAUUUGGCAUUCUUUUAAAUGUUUCAGGGGUUCCUUGAACUAUUCAUUAUUUAAAGACUCAUGAAAUGCAUGGAAAAGCAUAAACAUGAGGGCAGCCAUCAAAAAAGGUGCAAUCUCCAUGAAAUAAAACAAUGACUAGAGAGGCAAAACUCAGAUGUAAACUCAAGGAAGGUAGUAUCGUAACUUACAUUAUCAUAUUUAGUUGUAUUAAAACAAAAAUGCUUUUAAAUGAGGAAAAUUAGAUUAGAAAAUUUGAUUUUAAUAAUAAUAAUACUAUACAGUAGCGCUCCACUUCUACGGUAAGUUAGGUUCCAGGCUACUGCCGGAAAGCGGAAAUCGCCAGAAAGCAGAAUGCCAUAUUUUCCACUUAUAAAUGCAUGUAAAUGCCAGAUAACAAGUUUACACUAACAUAUAUUAAGUUAGCAAUAGAACUAGGGAUUAAAAACAAUAAAAAGUAAAAUACACACACAAUGCAUUCAUUACUUACCAUAGAAUAUUUGUAGUCUUAAUGUAGGGUUAGAUGUGAGUAGUAUUUAUUUGUAGGAAGUCAGGUGUGGGAGGUAUGGUAGACAGCCAGGCCAGGCUGCCUGCCCCACCCACAUGUAAUAUACUAUGACACUUAAAGUGCCCUAGAGCGAUAAAAUGCAUAUGCAGUACACUCAUUACUUACCUUAAAAUAUUUGUACAGUGGAGCCCCGGAUAUCAGCUAGUGUGGAAAUCGGCCAAUUUGGAAAUCGGGCACUUCUUUGGUGAAAUUUCUCCCCGGAUUUCGGCCAUCCGCUCGGAAAUCAUUGGUAUGAGAUGCUUCCACCCACUGGAGAAGCGCUUUCCCACAUGUCUCACACUCACUCUGCGCUUCUCUCUCAUUGGGUUAGGAAUACUCUGUGCAUUCGUCCAUUGUUUUUAGUGCUUGUUUAUUGAUUGCAACUGUGAAAUAAGCCACCAAGAGGCCAAAGAAAGUUCAGAGUGCCAGCCCUUUGGUAAAGAAGGUGAGAAACACGAUAGAAUUCAAGAAAGAAGUUAUCGCAAAAUAUGAAAGUGGCAUACAUGUGGCGGAGCUGGCCAGGAUGUAUGGGAAAUCUACAUCAACAAUGAGUUCCAUCCUGUUGAAGAAAGCAGAAAUCAAGGAAGCUGAUGCUGCGAAAGGUGUAAAUAUGCUAACAAAACAGAGGUCUCAAACAGUUGAGGAUGUGGAGAAGUUGUUGUUGGUGUGGAUCAAUGAGAAACAAUUAGUGGGAGAUAGUGUUUCGGAGGGGAUAUUUUGCGAGAAAGCAAGGCAGUUGCAUGCGGAUCUCAUAAAGGAAAUGCCGGGAACGAGUGCUGCUGUUAGUGAAUUUAUGGCCAGCAAAGGCUGGUUUGACAGAUUCAAAAAGGGUAGUGGCAUACACAGUGUUGUAAGGCAUGGCGAGGCUGCAAGUUCUGACAAAUGUGUGGCCAAAGCAUUCGUUGAUGAAUUCAAGGGGUACGUAGAGACUGAAGGAUUCCUCCCCCAACAAGUGUUCAGUUGUGACAAAACAGGCCCCUUGGAAGAAAAUGCCAAAGAGGACCUACAUCAUGCAGGAGGAAAGGGCACUGCCAGGACACAAGCCUAUGAAGGAUAGGCUAACUUUUGUUCUGUGGUAACGCUAGUGGGGAUUUCAAAGUGAAGCCUUUACUCGUGUAUCAUUCUGAAAAUCACCAGAUGCUCAAGAAAAACAGUGUCAUGUAGAGUAAAUUGUGUGUGAUGUGGAGGGCUAACAAUAAGGCAUGGGUCACGAGGCUAAUUUUCAUUGAGCAAGUCAAGGAAGUGUUUGGCCUGAGUGUGAAGAAAUACCUCCUGGAAAAUAAAUUGCCACUUAAGUGCCUCCUGGUAAUGGACAAUGCUCCUGCUCAUCCUCCAGACUUGGAAAACCUAUUGUUUGAGGAGUGUAAGUUCAUCACAGUGAAGUUCUUACCCCUAAUACCACUUCUCUCAUCCAGCCCAUGGACCAGCAGGUCAUUUCAACUUCAAAAAACUGUACACCAAAGCAAUGUUUCAAAGGUGCUUUGAAGUGACCUUGGACACUGAAUUGACCCUAAGAGAGUUCUGCAGGAAUCAUGUCAUUAUCUUCCAUUGCAUAAGCCUUAUAGAUAAGGCUUGGCAGGGAGUGACUUCCAGGACUUUGAACUCUUCUUGGAGAAAAUUGUGGCCAGAAUGUGUCCUUGACAAAGAUUUUGAAGGGUUUGAGGCGGACCCUGAUGACCCUACGCCUAUUGUGGAAUAUAUUGUGUCUUUGGGGAAGUCCAUGGGGUUGGAUGUGAGUGGCGAGGAUGUGGAAGAGUUGGUGGAGGACCACAGGGAAGAGCUAACCACUGAAGAGCUGCAUCACCUUCAACAGGAUCAGCAACAGACCACAGCUGAGGAUAUUGCUUCAGAGGAGGAAGAGAGGGGAAAGAAUGUGCCUUCAGUGAUUAAGGACAUGAGUGCAAAGUAGAGUGAGAUGCGAAGUUUUGCGGAGAAUUAUUGCUGUGACAAAACUUUUGCAAGCCAUGUCUGCAACAUGUUCAAUGGCAAUGAUGUCUUGUUCUGUUUUAGGCAAAUUUUACAGAGACACCAGAAACAGGCCUCUCUGGACAGAUUUUUUGUGCGACGGGUGCAGUGACUCGCAAGCUGGUCCUAGUGCCAGUAAAAAAACAAGGAAGGGAAGUAACCCUAGAGAGGGACUUGAUACCUGAAGUCCUUAUGGAGGGGGAUUCCCCUUCCAAACAAUAAGCUCUCCUCCCUCUCCCCUCCUUGCCGCCUUCCAUACAUCAACAAGAGUCUUCAAUAAAGGUAUAUAAUGUUCAUUUAUUAUUAAAAUUACUGCUUUAUAUUUCUUAUUGUUUUCUGAAUGUAAACCUAUAGGUAUUCUUUAAAAAAUGUAUUUUUUGUUAAUAUUUUUGGGUGUCUGGAACGGGUUAAUUGGAUUUACAUUAUUUCUUAUGGGAAAUAUUACUUUGGUUUUUGGCCAUUUUGGAUUUAGGCCAACCUUCUGGAACGGAUUACGGCUGAUAACCGGGGAUCCACUGUAGUCUUAAUGUAGGGUGAAAGGUGAGUAAACAAGGUAAAACAAAUAAACGAGAGAGAGAGAGAGAGAGAGAGAGAGAAGGAGUAAAUGAGAGAGGAGAUCGACAUGUAGUAUGUAAACAAGCAGAUGAAUUCACCUGGUUAUGGUUCAUGCAGUUCAUCUACACUUAACAUCAGAAGGCAUAUGACACAACUUGGAGGUAUAAUAUUCUGACCAAGCCCACUCCUUAGGCCUUUGAGGCAAUCUACCAUCCUUCCUUAAGAACUUUUUAACUGACAGACAUUUCCAUGUUCGGGUUAAUAAUGUGCUUUCCCCGAACUUUAUCCAAGCUGAAGGUGUCCCCCAGGGGAUGUGUUCUGAGCACAACACUUUUUCUCCUUGCUAUAAAUGAUUUGGCCUCUAGUCUUCCAUCCAAUAUUUGGUCAUCACUCUAUGUUGAUGACUUUGCUAUUGCCUGUGCAGGCGCUGACUGUCACCUCAUUACAGUUUCUCUCCAGCAUGCGGUCGACCGUGUUUCCAAUUGGGCCACCACACAUGGGUUUAAAUUUUUCAGUACCAAAACUCACCAAAUUACUUUCACUAGACGCUCUGUCAUCUCCGAUCAUCCUUUAUAUCUCUAUGGCACCCGUAUCCCUGAACGUGAUACAGUCAGGUUUCUAGGCCUCCUCUUUGACCGUAGGUUAUCCUGGAAACCUCACAUUACCUCUCUGAAGACAACUUGUCAUAGCCGGCUGAACCUUCUUAAAACCCUUGCUCAUCUUUCAUGGGGAGCUGAUCGUCGAACUCUCCUUCGCCUACAUUCCACCCUCAUUUUAUCGAAACUUGACUAAGGUAACCAGAUCUUUUCAGCUGCCUCUCCUGCUACUCUAUCUAGCCUCAACCCUAUUCAUCACCAAGGAUUACGUUUAUGCCUUGGUACUUUUUGCUCUUCCCCUGUUGAGAGCCUCUAUGCAGAAGCGAACGUUCCAUCCUUAUCCGAUCGCCGUGAUGCCCAUUCCCUUCACUACUAUGCUACUAUGUGCACUCUCAUGAUCUCUGCAGUCCUUCCAUUUAUAGAAUGGUCACCGAUAUUAGUAGACAUUCUUUAUUUGUUCGCCGCCCGUUUGCUCCGUCCCUUCUCUCUUCGCCUACAUUCGCUCAUCUUCUCUUCAAUUUCCUCCUUUCUAUGUUCAUGUAGCAUCUCACUUUUCCCUACCCCCCUGGGAAGUUCCAGCUGUUCGAGUCUGCUCUUUCUCACUCCCUUGCUCGAAAGCCCAACUGUCUAAGGUAGCCUCCCGCUCUCUUUUUCUUGACCACUUCCACUCUCAUUCUCAUGCCAUUGCAGUGUACACAGAUGGCUCUAAGUCUUCUGAUGGUGUAGGAUUCGCAGCAGUGUUUCCGGACAGCGUUGUACGAGGGCAUUUACUAUCUUCGGCUAGUAUCUUUACUGCUGAAUUGUAUGCCAUUCUUGCAGCACUUAUCCGUAUUGCAUCUAUGCCUGUGUCAUCAUUUGUGGUUGUCUCAGACUCCCUUAGUGCUUUAAAGGCUAUACAGAAAUUUGAUACACUUCACCCCUUAGUCCUCCGUAUCCAACUUUGGCUAUGCCACAACUCUACCAAGCAUAAAGAUAUUGCUUUUUGUUGGGUCCCUGGUCAUGUUGACGUACAGGGCAAUGAACAGGCAGACACUGCUGCGCGGUCAGCAAUACAUGACCUACCAGUUUCAUAUAGAGGUGUUCCAUUUACAGACUACUUUGCUGCAAUAGCUACCCACCUUUACACCCGUUGGCAACAACGUUGGUCUACUCUACUCGGUAACAAACUUCAAUCUAUUAAACCGAGUAUAGGUUACUGGCCGUCUUCUUGUCACCAGUGCCGAGGUUGGGAGACUACUCUCUCCCGUCUCCGCAUUGGCCAUACUCGUCUUAAUCACGGGUAUCUCAUGGAGAGGCGCCCUGCUCCUCUCUGUGAGAAUUGUCAGGUUCCAUUAUCGGUCAGCCACAUUCUGUUAGACUGCCCACUUUAUCAACGAGCACGCAGAAUUUACCUCCAACGUCGUCUUCGCUCCGCUGCUCUCUCUUUACCUUCCCUUCUCGCUGAUGGACCCACCUUUCAUCCAGACUCUCUCAUUGACUUUUUGACAACAACUGACUGACUUCACAAACUCUGAUGAUACCUUCAGCCCUUUCUACCUCGAUCUCUUGCUACCCUCUACCCUGCACUAUCCCCUACCCCACUGUUUUUUGUAACCUACUGAUCCCCCCUCCCCCCUUCUGCUGCCCAGUACCCUCGCUUCCUUUCCUACCCUGCAGCGCUGUAUAGCCCUUGUGGCUUAGCGCUUCUUUUUUAUUAUAAUAAUAAUAAUACACUUAACAUCUCAUAUUUAUGUUAAUUUAUUCUACUAUGGGGUGUAUUUAUCAUGUUUAUAUGUUAUGUAGCAUGUUUAUUAUAUAAUUUUGAAAAAAAUACCCUUUGACUGUCGCAACCCCAAACCCGAAAGUGUGUGUUGCAAAAUUUAAAAAAAACAAAAACAACUACUCAAAUCGAUAAAGAAUCUUUUCUCGAUGCUAAUGACACCAAAAGUACGAAAUUUGAUGGAAAACUUACAGAAUUACGCUGUUGCAAAGUUAGCGAUCUCAGCGAUGUUUACGCAUCGGCGAUUUCACCCACUUUGAGCCCUACUUUCAGCCAAUUCUGUUGUUCCAGUCGACCAAACUCAUAGCUGUUUCUCUAGAACUCCAUUUGUUCUAUCGAUUGAGUAUAAGAAACUGCCCAUUUACUGAUUUCAACUACCCAAUAAAGUGGUCAGAAAUUGGCAAUUUGGCCAAUUUCAUUCAAAUUAAAAAAGAUGCCAGUUUCAAAAUAGGGUCCAGAAUGAACAAUGCAGACAUUCCUGGCACUAAAAUAACAUUUUCUCUGUUCAUCAGUCAUUUCUCCAGGCCCCUUUUAUAUUACUCUUGCUUUCUAUUUUGAAUUUUUAUUCACACAAAAAAUAGAAGAUUUACUGUUAUGCAGACUACUGCAUUAUUGCAAUAAUUGUAUAAAUAAUGUCAACCUGUUCAUGACUGCAUAUUAGAAUGGCUUAAUUGGACACUUAUUGGACAAUGACAUAAUUUGUUUACUCUUGAACAUCAGCAAAAAUCGAACAUUUCUGCUAAUUUGAGCUCAAUUUCAAGGUCCUUUUCUUCGUGAAACCAAUCAAAAUCAUCUCUAUUUCUGUAAUAUGUCUUAAAUUCUGUCAAAUGAAACCAAGAAAACAAGAAUACAAACAUAAAUACUAUAUGAAAAUACACCUCAAAGUGAGUGUUUUAAUCCAAAAACACCAUCUUUUUUUUUUUCUCAUGCAUUACGUGCUGCAGGAUUGUUUUUUAUACUGUGCACACUGACCACACAGACCCGCUCUCUCACAUGUGGGCCUACCAGCUUUCUCCUGCUUGAUUUGAAGCCACUAGAAUUUUGGAGUAUAAAUACGUCAAAAACACUGGCUUGUAAGACAUAUAUAUACGACUGAAAUGCUCAAAGGGUUAUUGAAAAUGUUUAUAUUAAUGUAAUAUAUAACAUUUAAUAUGAUUAUUAAUGAGAGAGAAUGGAUCAAAGUAGAAUGACAUGGAGAGCAUAUAAAUCUGUAGGGGAAGGAAGGCGGGGUAGAGGUUGUCCUCGAAAAGGUUGGAGGGAGGGGGUAAAGGAGGCUUUGUGGGUGAGGGGCUUGGACUUCCAGCAAGCGUGUAUGAGCGUGUUAGAUAGGAGUGAAUGGAGACUAAUGGUAUUUGGGACCUGACGAGCUGUUGGAGUGUGAGCAGGGUAAUAUUUAGUGAAGGGAUUCAGGGAAGCCAGUUAUUUUUAUAUAGCUGGACUUGAGUCCUGGAAAUGGGAAGUACAAUGCCUGCACUUUAAAGGAGGGGUUUGGGAUAUUGGCAGUUUGGAGGGAUAUGUUGUGUAUCUUUAUACGUAUAUGCUUCUAAACUGUUGUAUUCUGAGCACCUCUGCAAAAACAGUGAUUAUGUGUGAGUGAGGUGAAAAUGUUGAAUGAUGAUGAAAGUAUUUUCUUUUUGGGGAUUUUCUUUCUUUUUGGGUCACCCUGCCUCGGUGGGAGACGGCCGAUUUAUUUAAAAAAAAAUUAUUAUUAUUAUUACCACCAUUAUCAAUAUGGCAUCUUCAAGACUAAUAAGACACUCUUAGUGAUUUUAAUGUGUACCUGCAUGCCAGCACAGUGUGUAAGUUUAUUUAGGUUCGGGUACACGUAAGUAUAAUCAGGGUUUAUAUAAAACAUGAAAUAACUUUUAAACUUGAAAUUUUGGAAAGUUUCCAGACAUAAUGGAGAGAUGCGGUGCUCACAGAGCUCAUGGAGAACGUAAACAAAUCAGGUGGGGUACAGUGACUGUAUUAGAAAGUCAGGUGGGGGGAGCCGUAUAGCGAGUUUUUGUCAUAAUUUGAAAUGUCCGUAUUAGCAGAAUGCUGUAAGGCGGGGCCCUAUUGUACUACAUAAAAGGAACAAUUUAAUAUUGCACUGAUUUAUUUGUUAAAAAAUAGUAAUGAUGUACAUAAUUGUUAUUAUAUUUUCAGCUUCUGUAAAUGCUGUGGAAGGAACAGUUUAAUAUUGGUUUGUUUGUCAAAGAAUAAUCAUGAUGGAAUUAUUAUUACUGUAUUAUUAUUAUUUACAAUUAUAAUUAUUAUAUUGAGGAUAAGUGCUAAACCCAUAGGAGGUUAUACAGCACCUGGAGAAUGGGGAAGCAGUCAGAGUCACUCCCAGGAAGAGGAGUCCAGUUCCUUGGGUCAAGAGCUCCUCUCUAAUAAUGAUGAUAAUAUUUUAAUGCACUAAACCUAUAUAGGUCAUGCAGAAUUAUGGGUGUGUGUGAAGGUUAGGGUGGGCAAGUGGUAGGGGUUAGUGGAGGUGGAGGUUAAUUCAUGUAAAAUUUAAAUCAGAGUUUGUACAGUAGGUUAAGUUUCUUUUAAAACGUUGGAGUGAAUCUGCAUUAAAGGUGGGGCUUUCAGCAAGGAAGUAAGUUAAUGAGUGUGUUAGGGCAUUGUAGAUGUUGGAAAUGAAUUCUGCAUGCCUGCUUGUAGGACACUGUUAAGCUAUGGUGAACUAAGAGUGGUGUUAGGAUAUUUCAUGUGGUAGCCAUGUGAGAGAAGUGUGUGGUCGUUCAUGAUUGUGAAAGUGCAGUUGACUAAACCUGACAAUGGUAGGAUGAUCGUGGCCAGAAUCCCAUUGUGGUUUGAUAGAAAAUAAUUUGUUGCAUUCUAAUUCAAAUUAACAGUGUUGCUAGCAGUUUCAGAGUUGCUGAAAGAGCACUGAACAGUAGUCUGGGAAAGGAAUGCCUCUGCUGACUCCAGCAUCAAGGAAACCUUGAGAGGUCAUGAUGAAAUUAGCAUCAGUUUCACAUGACUCUGGUACAAAAUGUGUGCCAAUUAACAAUCUUGCAUAAGUUUUAAAACAUUUAUGAUACUGUAUUUGAUAUUUAUAACAGUAGCAUACAACUUUGUUUUAAUAAGCAUGCAAGUAUAUGUGCAAGGUCAUACCUGUACCUGCAUUAAGAGAUUGUGCAUUAGGUAUAGCAACCAUUAGCCUCACGUGGUACCAUUUAUUAUCUGGAAGAAAAAACAAUUGCAUUUAUUACUCAUGUCUUCCAUGAGAUGGUAGGGUUGGGGGCGGGUAAAUUCAGGCAAAUAACUGCUUGCUUAAGAAAUUUAUUAAACAUGUACAUGUAUGAUUCAGCUGGGUGUAAUGAAAAACUCGUAUUUAUAUUUUGAAUUCUACAGAUGGAAAAUUUCUCAUUUCCUCCAAAGCAUAUUGUUUAAAUAUGCUGAUGCUUUAAAAAUAAUCAGUAGAUGUACUAUACAAUAUGAGGAAUAUAUGUUUUUUAAGUGUUUAUUUCAGAUUUUUAUUCAAAUGCAUUCUACAAGAAUUUUUCACAAACCCUCUAUGACCAACAGAGAUUGAUACCAUAUGUAAUUAAAGUAGGCAUUGAUGCCACUGAUGUAUCUAAAAGGUAAACUUAAAUUUCAUAAUUCUUCAUAAUAGCCACUAUAAGAACAGUUCUUGUAGCAGGUGAAAUAAUGAGAUAAUAAAAUGAGGUGCUACACCUGAAAGGGCCAGAUGUAGUGUAUGAGAUAUAGUCAUCACUUUUGGUUUUUGAUUGUGAAGAAUUUUUUUAUACCCAUUUGUUCUAGUAUUUACUUUUCUUCAAAAUGUAUUUACAAGGUAUAUGUAUCAAUGAAUCAGUUGUAUUUAAUUACAUAAAGAAAAAAAAGCACCAAACCUGUAUGGGUCAUGCAACAGUCAGUUGCAUAGUUAUGGAUAUGAGUUUUCUAUUCCCUUUUCAUUACUGUAUAUCAAAUUUACAUUAGUGCAGUAAUGAAGUUAUGGUACUUAAUAUCAUUACAAUUGUGUAUACUAAUGAGAAUAUUGCAUUGCCAUAUUCUCUGAAGUACAAGUGUGUCUUUAAUGUCCAUGACUUAAUGAGACAAAUUCAUAAUUAAAUGAAACAUUUAAUUCUCUUGCUCAUUUAUGAUGAAGUACCUAGUAACACUUUCUUAAGAAUGUUGAUCAUAUUUAUGUAAAGUGAAAGGACACAAGUGCAACUAAUGUGACAUUUUAUUGUGGCAACGUUUCGCUCUCCAGGAGCUUUGUCAAGCCGCUUGACAAAGCUCCUGGAGAGCGAAACGUUGCCACCAUAAAAUGUCACAUUAGUUGCACUUGUGUCCUUUUACUUUACAUAUUGUUGGUAAUUCUGCCAACAUUAUUACAUUAUGAUCAUAUUUAAGCAUGAUUUCCAAGUUCAAAGAACUCUUGGUUAUUGGAGAGUUUGUAAUGUAUAUUAUAUGUAAGGUCAUGUUAUAUGGUGUGUCAAGCAAGACUUAGUAAUGUAUAUAUGUAAAACCAUGCUAUGUUGUUUGUACAGGAGUUGGUAAUUUGUGUUAUGCCAUGCUAUGUUGGGUGUAUGGAAAGGAGGAGUUAGUAUAAUUUGUGUGUUUCACCAUGCUAUCUUGCAUGUGUAUACAGGAGUUAAUAAUUUGUUAUGCUAUGCUGUGUGGUGUAUGUACAGGAUUUGGUAAUUUGUGACACAAUGUUGUGUUUGUAUGUGCAGGAGUUAGUAAUUUGUGUUACACCUUGCUGUUGUGUAUAACAGGAGUAGUUGGUAAUGUGUGUGUUAUGCCAUGCUAUUUUAUAUGUUUGUAAAGCAAAUUGGUGUUAUUGCAAUGAAUGACUAGUAAAUUCUUUGUCAGUACAUUAGACAUAAAUCCUGCUGACAGAUUUAUGUGACUACAUUAACAUUCUGUUACAGCUCUGUGAUAGUUGGAACACUGAAAAAACAAAAAAUUUUUUUAUAACUAAUCGUUGGUAAAGGUUGUAUUUGGCAUUGUCUAGCUAUUGGCUGAAGUAGGAAUAAACCAAAACCAAAUUCAAAUUGUUGUGACUAUACUGUUAUAAAUGUUACAUACCUUCAUAAGAUUCAUAAGAUGGUAAUUUAUAGGUACAAUAGAGAGAUGUAAUUAAUAUUGCUCUAUUAUGAAGAGGAUGAACAUAUGCCUUCAUAUUUUAUUUUGUACAACCUGUGUGUGUGUGUAUAUAUAUUUUAUUUAUAUGUGUGUGUGUGUGUGUGUGUGUGUGUAAAUUAUUGCUCUUAGUCAUUCAAUGUGUGUUAAAUCAUAAACAUGUUUCGUGCAACAUUUGUGUGCUCUAUGUUAUAGCUUCGUGUGUUACUCCUGGUGCUGCUGAAUCAUAUACACAUUUUUUACAAUAUAUAUGCCAUGUCAAAUAUAUACUGUAUAUAAAUGAUACCCAUGGAGAUACUGAAUCACUUCUGUACAUACUGAUAUAUUUAUUGGACAUGAAUCACAGGCAUAUACUUGAUACACAUUGUGUUAGUGGGUACUUCACGAGUUACUCAUAAGGCCUACUGAAUCACACAUACACAUUUUAAAGAUUUUUUAUUGGAUAAAUUAUAUUUUUAGUUAUCACCCAGAAACUUUUUUUUAUAAGCUUAAUACCAUAAUAAAUAUUAAUGUACUGAUUGCUGAUCUCCAAAGGAAAAUUUGCACCUAUUUUGACUUUAGUGUGUAUAGUGUAUUAUAGUAAUUGUAUCCAACCUGUCUUCCUUGGAAUGUGUGCACUUAGGAACUUUUGAAAGAAUGUGUGAAAAACAAUGUUUUCCAUCUUAAUCCACUUCACUUUGUUAGUUUAGGUUAAAUUAGUAUAAUGUAUAUUAAUCAAAAGUAACUAUUUGUAAAAGAUAUUAAAACAAUUCCUGGCCAGGAGGUAUGUUAUCUUAAGUAAGGGUGGCCACAUAGACUGGAAAGAUGUUUGGUAACAAACAGUAAAGUUGGAAAACCAAUCUUGUCUUCCUUGGGAAACUUUUUUUUUUUUUUCGUGUUUUGUAAAUUGUUACAAGUGCACAUAUUCUUAAUAAGAUGGUGAGUUGUUGUAUUUUCUGUUUAUAAGGUGCCAGUACUUCAUUAUGGUAGUGAAGAGAAAAUUUUCAUAUUUCAUGUAUUUGAAACAAUAAUCACAAGACAAUAUUCUGUUAUAAAGUCUCAAAAAUGAAAGAAUUCUAAGUGUUACAUUAAACCUACACCAGCUUCUAUUUUUCAAACUUUCAGAUAUUUUCAAAACUAAUGACUAAUUUUUCUCAUCAAUUAUGAA